CGAAAUGCAUCCCCUCAUCACCCUCGAAGAGCACUUCGUCUCCCCCAACGUCAGCGCCGCCAGCGCCGAAGCCCGCGCCCACUACGCCAACUUCCCACCUCACAUCCUUUCCAAACUCGAGUGUCUGGGGUCCGAACGAAUCGCAGACCUCGACAAGGGCAAUGUAUCGCUGCAAGUAAUCUCGCACGGCCCAGGGAACCUAUCCGCGCCCAUCUGCACCGCCGCCAACAACGACCUCGCCGCCGCCAUCGCCCAGCACCCGGCGCGCCUCGCCGGGUUCGCCAUGCUCCCGAUGAGCGAGCCCCCCGCGGCGGCGCUCGAACUGGAGCGCUGCGUGCGCGAUCUCGGAUUCCUCGGCGCCCUGGUCGACAAUCACCUCGACGGACAAUUCUACGACGACGAGCGCUUCUGGCCCGUCUUCGCAAAAGCCCACCUCCUCGACGUCCCGAUCUACAUCCACCCGACCUUCGCGUCCUCCGCCAUGCUGGACCAUUACAAGGGCAACUACGACGACUCCGUGGCACUGGCACUAAGCGCCUACGGCUGGUCCUGGCACGCCGAGACAGCCCUCCAUAUCCUGCGGCUGUAUGCGAGCGGGCUCUUCGACCGAUUGCCCGGCCUCAAGGUCAUCAUUGGACACAUGGGCGAGUUGUUGCCAUUUCAGCUGGAUCGAGUGUGUGCGGUCGCCGAGCGGUGGGGGUUACGGCGGAGUCUGAGGGAGGUCUGGAGGAGUAACAUCUGGGUGACCACGAGUGGGAUGUUUUCGCUGCCGGCGCUGCGUUGUUUGUUGGAUGUUAUGCCCGUCGAGCAAGUCUUGUAUAGUGUUGAUUAUCCGUUUUCGGGCAAUGAGAGGGGGUUGGAGUUUUUGGAGCAGAUACGACGGAGUGGGUUGAUUGGGGGGGAGGAGAUGGAGUUGUUUGCGUAUCGGAAUGCAGAGAGGUUGUUGGGGGUGAGGGUGAGGCAUGAGGAUGGGAGGUGAAAGAUCUGAUCAAGUGAUGAUGCUAGUGAUGUAUUUUCAGCGUUUCUCAUAGUCAACCUUUUUUCUUCCUUUCUCUUGUUUCAGCUGUUCACGG